GCGAGAUUUUGAGGUAACCGCCAUUUGAGCGCCAUUUUUGACCGGGUUUUGUUGUGAACUCGGCGAAUUCUGACAGAAAGUUGAAGAAAUCAGACGUCCAGGGAUGUAUAUCAAGGAAAUCGUCAUCGAUGGGUUCAAGUCCUACGCCCAAAGGACGGUUGUGAGCGGAUUUGACCCGCUGUUUAACGCCAUUACGGGUCUAAACGGCAGCGGCAAGUCCAACAUUCUGGACUCCAUCUGUUUUCUCCUGGGCAUCUCCAACCUUUCUCAGGUGCGAGCCGGAAGCCUGCAGGAGCUGGUGUACAAGAGCGGCCAGGCCGGCGUUACCAAGGCAACCGUCACCAUCACCUUCGACAACACCGACAAGAAGCAGAGCCCUGUGGGAUACGAGUCGUACGAUGAGAUCACUGUCUCAAGACAGGUUGUGAUUGGAGGGCGUAACAAGUACCUGAUCAACGGCAGCAAUGCCAGCAACACGAGGGUUCAGGACCUCUUCCACUCCGUCGGCCUCAACAUCAACAACCCUCACUUCCUCAUCAUGCAGGGCCGCAUCACAAAGGUGUUGAACAUGAAACCACCGGAGAUUCUGUCCAUGAUCGAGGAGGCAGCCGGGACCAGAAUGUACGAGAGUAAGAAACAGUCGGCCCAGAAAACCAUUGAGAAAAAGGACGCCAAACUCAAUGAGAUCAACACGAUUCUCGAGGAAGAAAUCAGCCCAACUCUCACACGGUUGAAAGAGGAGCGAUCCAACUAUCUGGAGUACCAGAAGGUUCUACGUGAGAUAGAACACCUGUCCCGUAUGCAUGUGGCCUACCAGUUCUUCUGUGCAGAGGAAACUCAGAAGCGUUCUGCUGAGGACCUGGCUGAGAUUACAGAAAACAUCCAGCAGUUCCAGAAAAGGCAGCAGGAAAUUGACCAACAGAUUGCCAAACUCAAUGAAGCCGUCCAAGAGCUGGAGAAGAAAAGAGACGAGGAAACCGGUGGACAGAUCCAGACCCUUGAGGGCCGUCUGAGUGAGGAACAGAAGGCAGACGCCAAGGCUCAGAGCAGUCUGGACAACAAGAAGGAAACCCUCAACUCUGAGAAGAAGAAGAAAAAAGACAUCACCAAAAGUAUUGACGAGGACCACGCAGCCUUGAAGGCGAAGGAGAAGGAGGUAGAGAAGUUGGCUGCAGCUCAGCAGAAACUGGAGAACCAGGCUAAGGAGGACACAGACGCUCACACGGCCGCACAGAAACACUUCCAGGCUGUCUCCGCUGGACUCAGCAGUAAUGAUGAAGGGGAGGACGCUACACUUGCUGAGCAGAUGAUGGCUGCAAAGGAUGAAAUCAGCCAAGUGGACACAGACACCAAGCAAGCACAGAUGAAACUGAAACAUGCAGAGGAAGAGGUGAAGAAGAAACGUGCAGAGUUGAAGAAGACAGAGAAGAGUUAUGAGAAGGACAAGACAGCUUACGAGGCUAUCCAGAAGAACCAGGAAAAACUUGAGGCUGAAAUGAAGAAACUCGGCUAUGAAGAAGGGAAAGAGGAGCGUCUUCUAGAGCAGAAACGUGGACUACAGGAGGCUGUGUCUAACCUACAGGAGAAGGUGGAAACUCUACAGGCCAGGUUCCCAAACCUGGAUUUUGAGUACCGUGACCCUGAGAAGAACUGGGACCGCAGUAGGGUCAAAGGUCUGGUGGCACAGCUGAUCACAGUUAAGGACGUCAAACAUGCCAUGGCACUGGAGGUUGCCGCCGGCAACAAGUUGUAUAAUGUAAUUGUUGACAAUGAGGUGACGGGUAAGAAGAUUAUAGACAAGGGACAACUGAAACGCCGCUUCACGAUCAUCCCGCUCACGAAGAUCAGCAGCCGUGUCUUGUCUAAUGACACCCUCAAGCAAGCUCAGAACCUGGUAGGAAAGGAUAGCGCCAAAGUUGCCCUGUCCCUGGUUGGGUAUGAGAACGAGGUCAAAGCCGCUGUCAGCUUUGUUUUUGGCUCCACGCUUGUCUGUGACACUUUGGACAACGCCAAGAAGGUGACCUUUGACAAGAAGGUGAUGACCCGUUCUGUGACCCUGGAUGGCGACUCGUUUGAACCAGCCGGCCUGCUGUCUGGAGGUGCCGUUCAGAAGAGAGAGUCUGUCCUGGCUAAGCUGAAUGAGUACAAGGCAGCUACAGAGGAACUGCAGCAGAAACAGCAGCAGCUGGCUGCAGUCGAGAAGGAGCUGCAGGGGAUCAAGAAAGUCGUUGACAAGUACCGUGGUCUGAAGGAGCAGUAUGACAUGAAGACACACGAGGCUGAGCUGCUGAAGACCCGUCUGGAGCAGAGUACACAUCACAAGCAGCUGGAGGAUAUACAGGGCCUGGAGCAAACCAUCGAGGAGGGUAAGCAGGUUCUUGCGGGAGCGAAGGAUCGUCAGAAGAAGGCGGCAGACAAGGUGAAGGAGCUGGAGAAGAAGAUGAAGGAGGCUCAGCAGCAUCGGGAGAAGGAACUCAAGGAGGCGGAGAAGAACGUGGGGAAGGCCAAGGAGAAGGCUGAGAAAUCCUCCAAGCAGAUGAGGGAAAAAGGACAGGAACUUGAGGCAGUGAAGUUGGAAGCAGAAGAGUUGAAGAAGGAGAUCUCAGGUUAUGAGGACCAGAUGAAGGCAGUUGACCAGGCCAUUGCUGGCUAUGAGGAACAGGUGGAGGAGCUCAAGAAAAAAGCUGCAGAGACAAAGAAAUGUGUGGAGGCAGCGCAGGCUGAGCUGAACCAGGCGCGUGAGGUUCUGAGGGAGUGUAACAAGGAGAUCGGGGAGAGGAACAAGGAGGCCAAGGAACUGGACAAGGAGAAGAACGAGGCUCAGCUCAAGAUCCAGGAACUGGAGCACAAGGUCAACAAACACAACAAGGACAGCAAGGAUGCUGCUAAAUCGGUGGAGCACAUGUUGAACAAGUACGAGUGGAUCGCGUCGGACCGCAAGUUCUUCAACCAGCCGAACACGCCGUACGACUUCAAGGCCAACAACCCGAAGGAGGCGGGGCGGCGACUGCAGAAACUGGAGGAGACCAAGGACAAGCUGAGCAAGAACGUUAACAUGAGGGCCAUGAACAUGCUGGGCAAGGCUGAGGAAAAGUACAAUGACCUGAUGAAGAGGAAGCGGAUUGUGGAGAACGACAAGGCGAAAAUCCAGACAGUCAUCCAGGAGCUGGACAAGAAGAAGAACGAAGCUCUCAAGAAGGCCUGGGAACAGGUCAACAAGGAUUUUGGUUCCAUCUACUCCACCCUGUUGCCGGGGACUGACGCUAAGCUGGCCCCACCUGAAGGUCAGACUGUCCUUCAGGGGUUAGAGGUCAAGGUCGCAUUUGGGGAUGUCUGGAAGGAGUCUCUGAGUGAACUGAGUGGGGGGCAGAGGUCCCUGGUUGCCCUGUCCCUGAUCCUGGCCAUGCUGCUGUUCAAACCUGCUCCUAUCUACAUCCUGGACGAGGUGGACGCAGCCCUGGAUCUGUCUCACACACAGAACAUCGGCCGCAUGAUCAAAUCUCACUUCAAACACUCUCAGUUCAUAGUGGUAUCGCUGAAGGACGGGAUGUUCAACAACGCCAACGUUCUCUACAAGACCAAGUUUGUUGACGGGGUCUCCACGGUGACCAGGUACGCCCAGGGUAACCCGACCUCCCGCCCGGUCCAGGCCGCAGGAACGGGGGAAGGGGUGCUGGAGGAUGGAAGAGCCAAGAAGAAGAGAAGAGGGGCAGCAGCUGGAGGGAUGGCGUAGAUUUAACCAUGAUAGAUUUAUUUCUGUGAUAGAGAGAUGUUCAUGCACAUGACAAACUGUUGUGGUGAACAUCUUGCUUUGUACAAAGAUGAUAGUAGAUAUUAGAUAUACUAGUGAUAAGUUAGGACAUUUGUGUACUCAAGGUUUAAACCUCCUUGGUGUGCCUCAAGCUAUCCUCUUGAGACUGAUGAAGAAAUAGUGACAGUAGGCAAGGGUUGUGUCAGAAUAACAAGACAGGCUAGUCUGUAUUUUUAUUCUAUAUACCUCUGAAUGACCUUUUUUUGUGCUGUUUUGUUUUGAUGGUACAGCCCUAAGGUUGUUUUUAUAAAGAAAUGUCUUCUCUCAAAUCCUUUUUGUGACAAUGAAUCAUGUAAUUAGAGAUUCAACAUCUCCAAAAAACUUCCAAGCAAUUUUCUACAAAUUUCCAAACAAUGUUGUCUUUGUGUUUGUUACACCCAUGGCCUAAACAGGCUUCUGUGUCAUCUUUUGUGUUUGUGUAACUCUUCACUGUCCUCUCUUCAACAAUGAAAUGUACAUUUUAAUGGGUCUACACCCUUUUUUAUCAUACUUUCCGAUACAAUGAAUAAAGUUUUUUCUUUCUCA